GCACAAGAAUCCUACCAACGGUCGUUUUGUUGUGGUCUUUGACAUUUCUCUGUUUUUUUUGGAUCAGAGGUGUCUACAGUGCAUUUUUGUGUAUUGCUGCCGGGUAUUUUCCGAAUUCCUGGAAAUGUGGACCUUAACUAGUAAAAAGAAUGGUGAUGUCUACUAUCUCUUGCCGGAGAAAGAGAAACAUUCCGUCGGACGUGCAAAUGCGGACCUAAUACUGACUGGAGACACCUCUAUCAGUCGAUCUCACGCCUGCCUUUAUACAUCGAAGGACAGUGUGAAGGUGAUCGAUGUAGGCUCCAAGUAUGGCACCUUUUACAAUGAAAACAUUGAGAAUAAAGUAGAAAUGAAGAAGAAUACUCCAAUCGAACUGAAGAAUGGCGAGCGGAUCAAAUUCGGGGUGCUUGAGAACGAGUGGGUCCUUUCAAAGCUCAACAUUUCAACCUUGACCUCCACCUUAACAGCUGAACACAAGGCCGAGCUGCAAAACAUUAUCAAGGCUCUUGAUGGACGAAUUGUUGAUAAAUGGGAGAAAAGUUGCACUCACCUCACCAUGUCGGAGAUUACGGUGACGCACAAAGUGCUCCAAGCUCUCGUUGAGAAUUUCCCGAUCGUGUCCAUUGAAUUUUGGCGGAAAUAUUUAGCAAAUCUUAAAGCCGGUCAACCACCACCGAAACCUGCUGACUAUUUACCAAAGUUGUCGGAGUCUUUCAUAAACCGAGAGAGUGUGUCUUUUGGUCCAGUUGCCGGGAGAAAGACACUUUUUGCCGGGAAAACGUUUGUGUUCACGUCUAGUGUGCCCUUUGAGAAGUACAAAACCAUCAUAGAGAGCUCUGGAGGAGCCUGUGAAAAUCUCUAUAAGGGAGUAACGAAAAGUACACUAACGAAGAAGAACGUUAUAGUGAUUCGCAAUGGAGCUAUGAAUCAGACGCAAAGUUCGCAGACAAUGGAUAGUGUUUAUGAUUUUAUCAGAAGCAUCGGUAGAAGGCUUAUUCCAGAUGCAGAAAUAGGUCUAGCAAUUCUUCAUUGUAGUAUCACAAAGUAUUGCAACCCCGACUAUAAAAUGGUAAACGAGUUUGUCGCAGAAACGAAUGAUGUUAUUCCACAUUCUAAUAUCAUUGCCAAACACACACCCAGUUUGCAAAGCCAAGACUACGAUGAUGACGUAAUAGAAAUACCAGAAAGUGAGGGAUGUAAAGGAACAGAAAAAUUUCAACCCGCGAGGAGUGAAUGCCCCGAAACAGAUGUCGAAAUCAUCGGUUGUACAGAAAAUCCUACAAAGAAUUUAAAAGAAGCACCACUGGCGCUGUUAGCUAAAACAGACACAUUAACACCUGGAAAACGUAAACGUAAGGAUUCGGAUGGUAAUCAAAAGUCAGCUAAGAAAUUUAAUACGCAAACGGAGUGUAAUGCGAGUCAAAGGAACGAUGCUCCAAUGUCAUCGAAUAUGUUUGAAAAUUCGGAGAUGCAAUUGUCAUCGCAACCAAUUAAUAGACCUCAGGAAGGUACUUCAAAGCAAGUGUUUCCGUCGACUUCGAAACAAUCGACGAAAAGGCAUACUGUCGAUCUGAGUAUGUUUAUCGAUACAAGUCAGAUUAGAAAAUCACAGAAUCUCGAGCCUUUAGUUGAAAAUGUUCCAGCUCCAGAAAAUAACAAAGAAGGUAAAAAGAGGGCGAGAAUCGCUGCAAUAUGCAGUGAUGACGAUGAUGAUGACUUAUUCGCCUUUGAUAGUUCAGCGCCUAAGAAACAAAAGAAAACUAACGUUCGUGAGACAAAUACACGUUCUCAAAAUUCGACAGGAGCGAAAGCCAACAAUGAAACCAACACAAACAAAACUAAUUCUGAAAACACAAAGCCAACUAAACCUAAAUUCCAAUUGCCGCCUAAAAAGCCAGUUGAAAUUCCUACUGAUGGUUGGCUAUCAAAAUCACUCUGCAGUAUGAAAAUAAAGACAGAAGAUACUAAGGAAAAUAUAAAAGAGGAAAGUUUGAAUUCAUCUGCUUGGGUCAAUUCACUUAAAGGAGGUUUUGAAGUACGCGUGAAGCCAAUGAAUCUUGUAUCGCGAUCUUUCCGUGAAGCGUCUGUGAAUGGGGUCAAUUCUAAUGCCACUACGACGUCAAGUGGAAAAAAUUUCAAAGCAUUCGUUAAGAAAUGCAACUAUAAGCCGCAGACUUCAGUAGUGGCAACGGUUCCUGUCUAUGUUGGUCUGAAGACACAUUGUGAUUUCUAGACAUAUUUACCUA